CAUCUGAUGCACUGUAUAGAAAUAAGGAUGCAAGAAAUAAAUCCUGGGAGGAUAUUGUCACCACAUUAUACGAAAAUGUUAUGGAGGAAGAAAAACAACAACUUGCAAAACUGAUUCAACAAAGAUGGAAAACAGCCAGAGAUGCAUAUUUUAGAACAAAAAACGCUAUAAAAAAACACCUUCUGGAAGUGCUGCACUAAAGUACAAAAAGUAUAUCUAUUUUGAUGAACUAAGCUUUCUGACU